ACCUUGCCUAGCUAGGGAAAAUACCCCGGGACCAUGUUUUUCCUUGUAUCGCACACCCUUACUAGGAACCUUGACUUCCAUGGAUAUCACGACAUGGCUAUCCAAACCGACUGGUAGGAGCUCGUUCACCUUUCUUUCUAGGACGGGCCCUCUGUUUUCAUUGGGUGACACGAAGACAACGUCUUCUGACGUCUUUGCAAACAGAAACGUGCCCCUUCUGAGCGGUCAUAUUUAGUGUGUUUGCUGAAAGCAAAACACAAAACACACUACUGUUAUCCAGCAUACUUAUUUUUCCUCACUGGCCACUUUUUUUUUUGCCGUGUACUAGUUUUUAUUUAUUAACGGACGAGCACCGACUGGCUUUUUAUCACAUAAUUUUUUGAUUACCUACUUUAGCUUGGUCAUACAAGCGAAGUCAUAUUAAGGUAAUUAAGACUCAUGAAACUGAACACGUCUCACACGACUGGCAGUUUGCUAGAAGAGUGUGGGAGAGCGAUGGAUCCCCUUGUAGCAGCUAUCGACCAAGGCACCAGCUCGACCAGGAUCCUGGUGUUCAACGCUAAAACAGCAGAAGUAGUCGGUCAACACCAGGUUGAAAUAAAGCAGAGUUUUCAAAAAGAAGGAUGGGUGGAGGAAGAUCCCAUGGAGAUCCUUCAGUCCGUGUACGAGUGCAUGGAGAGGACGUGUGACAAGAUGACUCCUCUCCAGAUCUCCAACAUCAAGGCCGUCGGAGUGACCAAUCAGAGAGAGACUACAGUUGUGUGGGACAAGAACACCGGAAAGCCUUUAUACAAUGCUAUUGUCUGGCUGGACCUGCGGACACAGUCCACGGUGGAGAGACUGAUCAACAAGACCCCCGGCCAGAACAAGAACUACCUGAAGCAUAUGACAGGCCUGCCCAUCAGUACCUACUUCAGUGCGGUCAAGUUGCGCUGGCUGAUGGACAACGUGGAGGAGGUGCGGGAGGCGGUCCAGUCACACCGGGCUAUGUUCGGUACCGUGGACGCCUGGCUCAUCUGGUGCCUGACAGGGGGGAAGGAGGGAGGGGUUCACUGCACAGACGUGUCCAACGCCAGCCGCACCAUGUUGUUCAACAUCCACACUCUGGAGUGGGACCCGGAGCUCUGCAGGUAUUUUGAUGUCCCAAUGGAAAUAUUGCCCAAAGUAAGAAGCUCUUCAGAAGUAUAUGGAUUACUGAAAUCCGGUUCUCUCGCAGGAGUGCCAAUUUCAGGGUGUCUAGGAGACCAGUCAGCUGCCCUAGUGGGACAGUUGUGCUUCCAGGAUGGACAGGCCAAAAACACGUAUGGAACUGGUUGCUUCCUGUUAAGAAACACAGGGCUCAAGCCAGUGAUGUCCGACCACGGGCUUCUGACCACGGUGGCCUACCAGCUGGGGAAAGACGCUCCUGCCUACUACGCUCUGGAGGGCUCUGUGGCUAUAGCAGGGGCAGUGGUGAGGUGGCUAAAGGAUAACAUGGGGAUAGUCCAGUCCACCUCUGAGAUAGAGAAGCUGGCGGCAGCUGUAGGCACGUCGUACGGCUGUUACUUUGUUCCUGCCUUCUCUGGUCUGUACGCCCCCUACUGGGAACCCAGCGCACGAGGGAUCAUCUGUGGACUAACUCAGUUCACGAACAGGAACCACCUGGCCUUCGCUGCCCUUGAGGCAGUCUGUUUCCAGGCCAGAGAGAUCCUGGAUGCCAUGAACAAGGACACCGGGCUGCCCCUGGCUCGACUGCAGGUGGACGGAGGGAUGACCUCCAACAAGCUGCUGAUGCAGCUUCAGGCCGACAUCCUCUGUAUGCCCGUUGAUAGGCCAACCAUGUCAGAGACGACGGCUCUGGGGGUAGCCAUGGCAGCAGGGGCGGCGGUGGGGGUGUGGAGCCUGACCCCUGGUGACCUCCCAACCUGCAUCCCUGAAACCUUCCAUCCCCAGAUCAACACAGACGAGAGUGAGUAUCGGUUCGCACGUUGGAAGAAGGCUGUCCAGAAAGCCAUGAACUGGGAGACCAUAGAGCCCAUAGAGCCCAUCUCCUAUAAUAACGGUCACAGUCAGUAGGAUUUGAACCAGGACACUUCACUGCCAAGGAACUAAAUGAGGGAAUUCACAGGCAGAGAGAAUGGCUCCUGGCAGCGGAGCGUCAACAAUCAGCAGCGGUCCACAACAGCCUUGGUACUUUGGAGUUAGAAAGCUGACUAAUGACUGAUCUGAAUUUAAAUAUGAAAGAUCAGAAAUAUUUGUAUGUCCAAUUUUAUCAAACUGAAAUAUUUUUGUUGUUGAAUGUAUGAUAUCUGAAUUAUUUGUAUUAUAUUUGUAUUGAAUUUAAUAAAACUGAAUCAUUUUCAUCCGGAAAUACACAUU